GGACCCUGGUCGGUCGCGUUAAGUGUUAAAUGCUAUCGGUCACAGGCGGCCGAAAGGCGGUUAACCCGCCACCGCCUCUCGGUCAUACUCACCCCUAUAGGUGCUAUACAGUGCAAAGUUAAAGUUACUAUUCCGCGACUAUUUACAAAAUGAAUUAAGAUGUAUUUUUUUAUCCUGAUUAUUCUGACAAAGUACAAAUAACUUUCAAUUUAAAUUAGAAUCAGUGUUUAAGUGUUUUAAGUGAAUAGACAAUCAGACAAUGUGCUAACAUCUGACACAAUGUUAAUUAUAAAAAAUGUCAGAGAUAAAGCACUGUUUUGUGUAAAAAGUGUUAAGUGUAAAAAGAUAUGGGAUGACUCAUAGUGAAAGAUGCUACACCAAGCCUGCUUUUCGAUCACAAGAUGAUGCACGAAAUUCACGACAAUGCUGGGGCAGGCGCAAGCGACACGAUGGAGGAAAACGAGGCCGGAGGGAGUGGGGGUGCCUUGGUCGAUAUGGACGAGUGCGGCUCCCUCGCUUUACCUCCCGAUUUGCCCCCAUAUUCAGGCGACUACAUUAUUAGUGACUACAUGGAAAGGCUUGGCACACGAUUAAAUAUCCUAGAAACUGAAUUGAAAUAUGCAUGGAGAGCUUUGGACCUACUAAGCCAAGAAUACGUUAGAAUGUGGGACCGUUUGGAAAGAUUAGAAUCUUUACUGGCUGAUCAACAAGGUGUAAUAUCAACUUUGCUAGAUUUUUAUACGUGCCGCACUGGAACGUCUAGAGAUCCGAUAUCUAGAUUAGAAGUUAUUAGAGAAAUUCUCGGCAAUGGAGUCAUUGAAGAUGGAAUUGAAGAGGGUUUGGAUAUUAGUCAAAAUGUUAAUGCAUUAAAUGAACAAGAAGAGGCAUUGGAAUCAAAUGAAGCUUUUUACAGAAGUUUAAAUCAAGUAUAUAGGGAUGACUAUAUUUGUGAUGACGCCUCCAGACCACCAUCUCAAUUGGACAUGAUUUGGGAAGCACCAGAAGAAACAGAGUUAGCACACACAAGUGGACAAAAUUAUAGUGCAACAGAUUACAAAGAUUAUUGUGGAAUGCAAGGUGGACCCAGUAUUAGUGAAAGAGAUUUAGUUCAUUUAUCAACGUUGAAUACUAUAGAUCAAAUUGCUGUAGAUAAGUUGCAUCAAAUCGAUAGGUUAACAACACAAUUGCAUAAAGAUUCAAGAGAGCUUAAAGACUUAAAGGCUAUUCUAAGUCCAGAUAUAAACGUGACAAAACAUGAUAGAGAAAUAGAGGCAAAAGCUCUAGCAGAAGAUGGUAAUAUUAUUAAUGAACAACUAAAAAGUAUGUACACAGGGAGUGAAAAUUGGGGUAUCAAUGAUAUGAUGAAAAGUUUUGAUGAUUUUAUUCUAACAGGCAAUCAAGAUAAUACUACUACAAAAGAUAAAUCACCUUCUAGAUUAUCUCUCACAGAAAAUUUUCUUUCAAAUCGGACCCUAGAAUAUAUACCUACAAAUUUAUCUCCAAGGCGAAAAUUUAUUCCAGAAAGGAAGUCUACUGAACCUUAUACAACUGUCACUGGACGCUUAGCAUACAGCUCAGCAGUUGCUAAUGCAGAAAUUAACGCUGCUAAAGCGUCCAAAUCUCCGAGUUCGAUCUCUAGAGAACGUUUUGAUUACGGAUCUACGUAUCAAAUAGGAGAAAAUACUAGACAAAACUAUUAUCCCAGUCAAAUGACAUCUGAGAAUUUAAAUGAUGUAUAUAGGUCCUCUACAGAACAGCACUCGCCAAUAUCAAUUCAUGAAAUUUAUAACGGAAGUACUGAUAACGAUUUAUUAGCAUAUGAGAGUAAGGUACGGUCAUCACCAAGUCCACCACCACCAGCACCUGCAAAUGGAAAGGAACUAUUUUCAAGUAUUGAAAAUAAUAACGAAGUCAUAUCCACAGAUACAUCGUUAUUGUCUGCUUGUAUAAAUACGGUACAUGAAGACACUUCAAGGCUAAGUCCACGUUCACCAAAAUCACCAAAAGCAUCACCAAAGCAGUUAAAACGAGACAGUAAUAUUAUAGUAACAGCUAAGUCUGAUUCUGGUUUAUCAUCAAUGAGUGGUUGGUCUAGCUUAGAAAAAAGUCCAGGAUCUCCUAAGCCAGGUCGAAUAUCACAUGAAAGUAUAAAAAUGAGAGUUAUAUCACCAAAUUCAACUCAGAGGUUAACUUACGACAUGGAUUCAAAACCUUAUUUAGAAACAUUAGUUGAUUCAUAUGUCUAUGAUGAAAAGGUAUUCAAUAAAGAUUUCAUGUCACAAAUGUCGGAAAACCGAAGUGAAAAUAUAGAUACUAUGAUACGAAAAUCACAAGAAAAAAUAGGAUCAGGGUAUUUAAAAAAUGACCUACAAUUUACCAUGACAAGUAAAAUUGCCCUAACUAACAUUGGAGAGUAUUAUUAUGGGAACGAUGCGCCAUCUAUAUACUCUGUAGCUGGAAAUAGACAACCUAUUUUCACAACAGUUUAUAGUACCCCAGGUGGAAUGCUUUCUGAAGACAGAAGUUUUUCCGACGUUAUAGAUAGAAAUGAAAUUUUAGAUAGCUCAAGAGCAAUAGAUUGCUACCCACCUGAACCUAGUUACCAUGCACAAACUGUUGUAAUGUCUACAAGUAAUCUUAGCAAAAAAUCAUUAAGUAGAACUAGCAGCAUAAGCGGAAUAGAUCCCAACGUAUAUCCAAAUGGCUAUAAAGUUUCAAAUAUGCGUACUGGAUAUCCUUCAGGUAAUUUAACUGAUGCAUUAUCAUACUAUCCAACUUCAAGUAGAUAUGAUUCCCCAAAACGUACUCCAUUAGAAGAGCGCAUAUCUUGGCAAACGGGAAAUCGAUCACCAUCUAGUUCUGUGGAAACAUCUAGUAUAAAAUCACGUUCGUUAAGUAUAUCUGAAAGAAAACAAUUCCAAAAUCAAUUACAGCAAGAAUACUUUAAGCAACAGCAAUAUGAUCAGCGUAAUGGUAAUGUGGUGGGUGAAGCGCAAAAAUAUGAAAAGCAAAUAUCCGAACAAAAAUUAAGAAAAGAUCAAUAUACAGAAUCAAGUGGUAUUUUAGUGUCUGAGUCGGGUUAUCUUUCUAUAUCCUCAAAUUUAAAGAUUAAAACACAAGAUAAAAACAAAAAACCCAAAAGAACGUCAUCCUUAAAAUCAGCAAUGAGUACAAUGAGUCAUUGGAUUCCAGAAUUGCAUCUACCUAAAAAACAUAGAUCACACUCACUGCCGUCUGGUGUCGAUACUGUAGAACAACAGGAAAAAUCUUUGAAAGAAAGAUUAUUAUCAGCUCAAAGACGCAAGAAGAAAUAUCACUUAGUUGCUUCUAUGUCUGGCUUAUUACAAAAAGCAAGAAGAAAACAAGCAAGCAAUCAAUCGCUAUCUGAUCCGGAAACAUCAGAAACAGAAUGGUCUGGUGGUCGAUCAAGUGCACAGUCAGAGGAUAGUGAUAGUGUAUUUUCAGAUUCAACUCAUGAAAGUAAUAUGUUUGUAAAAGUACCAGCUAAGCCCAAACAACGAAAAUCAAAUAAUCAAGAAAUAGUAGAACAACAACAAAAGAUACAAGAAAUUCAACAAAAACAGAUAACACACCACCAUGACACCCAUAUUAAUGAAGACAAUAGUCAGUGUGAUGAAAAAGAGAUAUUCUCCACAUCUAAUGGCAUUCCUAGAGACAAAAGUGAUGACAUUGAUUUUCAUUUUGCUCGCAUAAGCCAAAUGAGUAAAAAUAAUAUAACUGAUUUGGAAAAGCUUGAUAUCGAUACUGAUAUAACGAAUGUUGAUCUAUUUGAAGAUGAAAAGGAAGAUUCAUCAUCAGUUUCAGCCAUAUUUGCUACAGUAGGAGACAUGAAAAAAACUUCAUCAAUCUCUGAUGAAUCACAAAACGAAAGCAAUAAGUCGUAUAAUGGAAGUUCGCAAGAGUUCGCCGUUUCCCGAGCUCUAGGUAAAUAUCGCCUUCGUAAGUCAUCUUCUGUUAGUGAUGACACUCCAGAUACUUCACCACCUAAAAUUGAAACUAGUUCAAUCGAAUCCACGCCUCUCCAUCCGACUAACUUUAUAUCCCAAAAAGAUUCAGGGAAAAAUAAAAUAAGUCCACCAGAGCUUUUAAAAAGUAACUCAGUUUCUGAAGAACCUUCUCAUCCAGAUCGGAGCCCUUCUCUUCAAAGCACACGUGCAGGGCAUACUAAGUUUCUUCCUCGUCAUCAACAAAGCCUUGAUAUCCCUAAUAAGCAUGAUGAUGAUGACAGUAGAAGUACACACUCUUGGCGAAGCGGAUCCAGAGUUUCAUCACGACGACAAAGUACUGAAGAUAGUAUUGAUUCUGAAGAUGAGUGGUAUAGAUAUGAGUUAAGAAAAUUAGAAGAGAUGGAAAAUCAGUCUCAUCAGGAGAUUGAAAGAGAGCUAUUGAUAGAAGAACCUGAAAUUGAAGAAGAAUCAGACAUUAUUAUAAAAGAAAAAAUGUCAUUUGUUUUACGAGAAUUAAAAUUGAAAACGGCUUCUAUAAAAGUACAAUAUGAUAAAACUCCUGAUCAAGAAACAUGGAAGAAGCUCACUACGUUUACUGAUAUGGAUGAACAACAUGAUGAUAUUGAGAGUCAUAAAGAAUCUGACGAUGAAAAAUCGUUUGCUGACUCUGGUUCGGGUGAAACGUCCGGUCCAGAUAGUCCUAUUCAAAGUGGUGAUGAGUUUGAGGAGGAAGAAAAAGCACAUAUACAAGAGCCAAUACAAAACGAGCCUUCCUCCCAACAAGAUGCUCCAGUUGGUAGCAAAUGGAAGCUACUAAAAGCUCUGAAGGAUAGAAAAGCUGAAGAGAAGACAGUAGAAACACCAGUGUCUACAACACCAUCGACUGAAAAGGACAAGGUCAGCGCGGGUAAUGGCACCGGCGGCUUUAGUGAGCAAGGCGGGCGGGGAAAUGGGCACCCAGGGGAUAACCCAUUUUAUAGCAACAUCGACAGCAUGCCUGAUAUUAGACCCAGACGAAAAUCUAUACCGCUCGUUUCCGAACUUACUAUGGCAGCUACAAAAAGAAACGCGGGGUUGACGUCGGCAGUACAUAGAGCUACACUCAACGAUGAGGAAUUGAAAAUGCAUGUGUAUAAGAAGACUCUGCAAGCUCUUAUCUACCCCAUAUCAUCAACUACACCUCACAACUUCGUUCUUUGGACGGCUACUUCGCCGACCUAUUGCUAUGAAUGUGAAGGCUUACUAUGGGGCAUCGCUCGGCAAGGAGUAAGGUGCACCGAAUGCGGGGUCAAAUGCCACGAAAAAUGUAAAGAUUUGCUGAAUGCGGAUUGUCUACAGAGAGCCGCUGAAAAGUCUUCCAAACACGGGGCGGAGGAUAAAGCUAAUUCUAUAAUCACUGCGAUGAAAGAACGAAUGAAACAUCGAGAGCGAGAUAAGCCAGAAAUCUUCGAACUCAUUAGAUGCGUGUUCAGCAUUGAACAAGAUGGACACGUGGCACACAUGAGUACGGUGAAGCAAUCAGUCCUCGAUGGCACGUCGAAAUGGAGCGCCAAGAUUGCCAUUACAGUUAUUUGUGCCCAAGGACUAAUCGCAAAAGACAAGAGUGGCACUUCAGAUCCCUACGUCACCGUGCAAGUUAGCAAAGUAAAGAAGAGGACGCGAACGAUGCCUCAGGAAUUGAAUCCGGUCUGGAAUGAGAAGUUUUACUUCGAGUGCCAUAACUCCUCCGAUCGAAUUAAAGUGCGCGUCUGGGAUGAAGAUAACGAUUUAAAAUCUAAGCUACGUCAAAAGCUGACAAGGGAAUCCGAUGACUUUCUAGGUCAAACAAUUAUAGAGGUUCGAACAUUAUCGGGAGAGAUGGACGUGUGGUACAACUUAGAAAAAAGGACGGACAAAUCCGCUGUCUCCGGGGCCAUCAGAUUGCACAUCAAUGUGGAAAUAAAAGGCGAGGAAAAGGUGGCGCCUUAUCAUGUGCAGUACACAUGUCUCCACGAGAACCUGUUUCACUACCUUUGUGAAGAGAACGGUGGUGCGGUGACACUCCCAGCUGCAAAAGGUGACGAUGCGUGGAAGAUAUACUUCAAUGAAAUACCAGAGGAGAUCGUUGAUGAGUUCGCGAUGAGAUAUGGCAUCGAGGCAAUCUAUCAGGCAAUGACACACUUCCAUUGCUUAUCAACGAAGUACUUAUGUGCUGGAGUGCCAGCUGUCAUGUCAACACUUCUCGCCAAUAUCAACGCAUACUAUGCUCAUACCACAGCUUCAUCUGCCGUUUCAGCCUCCGACAGAUUUGCUGCGUCUAACUUUGGGAAAGAAAAGUUCGUGAAACUACUCGACCAACUUCACAAUUCGUUGCGGAUAGACCUUUCAAUGUACAGAAACAACUUUCCAGCGUCCACUCCAGAUAAACUCACGGAUCUUAAGUCUACCGUCGAUUUGUUAACAAGUAUCACAUUCUUUAGGAUGAAGGUCCAAGAGCUAAGUAGUCCCCCGCGUGCCAGUACAGUUGUAAAGGACUGUGUGAAAGCUUGUCUCAGGUCGACGUAUCAAUUCCUGUUUGAAAAUUGUUAUGUUCUCUACAACAGGGAAUUUCAGGUCGACCCAAAUGAAGUAAAACGGGACCCAUCCGACCACGGCCCACAACUUGAUUCAGUGGACUUUUGGCACAAGAUUAUAGCACUUCUCGUGUCGGUGGUAGAAGAGGAUAGAAAUUCUUAUGCACCAGUCUUGAACCAGUUCCCACAGGAAUUGAAUAUUGGUCAGUUAUCUGCAGCAACCAUGUGGUCACUAUUCGCAGUGGACAUGAAGUAUGCUCUUGAAGAACAUGAACAGCAUCGUCUGUGCAAGUCUUCCGCCUACAUGAACUUACACUUUAAGGUAAAAUGGCUACAUACAAACUACGUGAAGGAUGUGCCACCUUACUGUGGUGCUGUACCAGAAUAUCCAGCCUGGUUUGAACCGUUCGUAAUGCAGUGGCUCAACGAGAAUGAUGAUGUGUCUCUGGAGUAUUUGAAUGGAGCUUUCAAUAGAGAUAAGAGAGAUGGGUUCCAAAAGUCAAGCGAGCACGCAUUAUUCAGUAAUUCUGUGGUGGACGUGUUCACGCAACUAACCCAGUGCUUUGAUGUGGUUUCUAAACUGGAGUGUCCAGACCCCGAGAUAUGGAAGAGAUACAUGAAAAGAUUCGCGAAGACAAUCGUCAAAGUGCUAGUGGCUUACGCUGACAUCGUGAAAAAAGAGUUCCCUGAACAUCUAAAAGAAGAAAGAGUAGCUUGCAUCUUAAUGAAUAACAUUCAGCAACUUCGGGUGCAGCUUGAGAAGAUGUUUGAAGCAAUGGGUGGAACUAAAUUGGAACGCGAUGCCGCCGAUAUACUUCAUGAUCUACAACAGAGCCUUAACAGCACUCUUGAUGAUCUCGCUUCCAUGUUCGCGAACAGCUUAGAAAUCCGUAUAACAGCAAGUGUGAAGGAACUGGGAGAGCUGUUACAAAAAGUGGGGGGAGGUGGUGCACCCGGCGCGCCACAGCCUCCCGCUCAUCACGAGGCUGAUGAAGUGCUGAGACCACUCAUGGAUAUACUGGACGGAUCACUAACAAUGUAUGCUGAGUCAUGCGAGAAGACAGUUCUGAAGCGAUUGUUGAAGGAGUUGUGGAAGAUUGUGAUGAAGAUCCUAGAGAAGACAGUGGUACUUCCACCAAUGACAGAUAAAACGAUGAUGCUGAAGAAUCUUACCAACAACGCGAAGAAUUUGGCAGCCAACGCGAAGAUUGAAGACAUGACGCAACUGUUCAAGAGUACAGUUGGCAAACAAGACGUCAAGCAUGCCUUGUCCGGUGUUAUGGAUAUAUCUAAAGAGCAUUUAUCUGCUGAGAAGAGUUUAACUCCAAAGCAGUGCGCAGUGCUAGAUGCAGCUUUGGACACGAUCAAACUGUAUUUCCACGCUGGAGGAAAUGGCCUUAAGAAGACGUUUCUGGAGAAGAGUCCUGAACUUCAGUCACUGAGAUACGCGCUCAGUUUGUAUACCCAGACCACAGACACUUUGAUCAGGACGUUUGUGACCAGUCAGCAGAAUCAAGUUGCGGAGGAAGGCAGUGUCGGUGAAGUAUCUCUUCAAGUGGACCUCUUCACUCAUCCUGGCACUGGAGAACAUAAGAUAACGGUUAAAGUGAUAGCAGCCAAUGACUUGAAAUGGGUUAUAGCGAGUGGUAUGUUCCGUCCCUUCAUAGAAGUAAACCUCAUUGGUCCCCAUCUGGCAGAUAAGAAAAGAAAGUUUGCUACCAAGUCCAAGAGCAAUAACUGGAGUCCAAAGUUCAACGAGACUUUCCAUUUUAUGGUGAGUGCGACGGAGCAGUUAGAGCUAUUUGAACUGCACGUGUGUGUCAGAGACUACUGCUUCGCGAGAGAGGAUAGACUGGUUGGAGUCGCCGUCAUGCGACUUGCUGGCAUAGUCGAACAGAAACGAAAAGAAAACGCGAAAGAAAGCUCUAACCGUGUGGUAAAACUGGUGCCGGAACAAAAGCAAAACCAAAACCAAAUAAUCGACACCAAACGAAACGAAAACACGAAUGAAAGCUCUAACCGUGUGGUAAAACUGGUGCCGGAACAAAAUCAAAACCAAAACCAAAUGAUCGACACCAAACGAAACGAAAACUCUAACCGAGUGGUAAAACUGGUGCCGGAACAAAAGCAAAACCAAAACGAAAUGAUCGACGCCAAACGAAACGAAAACACGAACGAAAACUUUAACCGAGUGGUAAAACUGGUGCCGGAACAAAAGCAAAACCAAAACCAAAUGAUCGACGCCAAACGAAACGAAAACAAGAACGAAAGCUCUAACCGUGUGGUAGUACGGCCGCCGGACCAAAAGCAAAACCAAAACCCAAACCAAUUGAUCGACGCCGGCUCAUCCGCGAACUGGCUUUCUCUUGGGACUCGAGUGAAAAUGGAUGAGACUGGUUGGACAAUAUUGCGAAUUCUUUCACAAAGGCACAGCGAUGAAGUUGCCCGAGAGUUUGUGAAGUUGAAAUCAGAAAUGCGCAGCGAAGCACCUCAAGCAGGACCUCAAACGGGACCUCAAGCGGCACCUCAAGCAGGACCUCAAGGACCCUCGUGAAGUUUGUAAGACUCUCCCUAGUGUCUCUUCCAAAACGAAAGCGACUGGAACUGCCGGUUGUGAUGUGAUAAUAGUUAACGUUUCGUAAUGGAACUACUUAAUGGACGAUGAUUCGAUCGAAGCGCUCCGGCCAGCGAAGGUCAGUGCUCGUUUGGUUUUUGAAAGCCUCGUUGACUCAAGGCUACAUUUUGUAAAUAUAACGUUACGCGACUUGUAGGAAUAUUUUGCACAAAUUCGUAAUUUUUAGCAAAAAAGACUGACCAUACGGCCGGACGCUUCGUCCGCCAACCUUUAGUGAUUCAGCGAUAUUGUAUUCUCGUUCUAAAACCAUUUCUAUGAUACAAUAACAUAAUAGGUGCAAUACAUUCAAUUUUGCCAUCGUUUCUAAAGUUGUCUUUACCUUAAUAAACAUAGUAAGAGUUGAAUCGUUACUUAGUAAUUUUUUAAUAGAAAUUUUAUUACCAUAUCUACGGAACGUUUCAAAUAUUGUGUGCGUUAAGAGACUUUUAAGAUUAAUUGUAUCAACGUAGUUUAUUGAGAAUCAUACUAGCCUACAUUGUCGUUGUUAUAUCAAAUUUUGCUGAAUAACUAAAUUAGGAUGGACAUUUAUGUACUAAUAAUCUGUUUAUGGACCAAAUGUCGUUAAUACGAACGCAUUACAUUAUCUUUAAUAAUUAAAUCAAACAUUAUUUAUCUAAUUAAUCGUCUAAUAUAUUAUGUGUACAGUUAAAUAUAGUAUCGCCUUAUGUAAAUUAUUUCCUAUGAUUUGGUUCGAUGCUUUGGGAUUAUUGGAACUAUCUAUGUGUGAGCGACAAGAUGUGUAAAGAAUUUAGAUGUGUUCUUUAGUGAAAGGUGUUUUAUAGUAUAGGUAAUAUUAUUUGUUAUACAUUAAUAUAUUACCAUCUUUUAUAUACUUUGUGCCCUUUGCAAGUACCUACCUUAUAUUAUGUGGUCAACGUGUAUAUAUAAAGUUAUUGCAUUCAAUUAUUCGCUAUUAUUUACGCUUGACCUGUUUAAAUGUUAAUAACCUACGUCCUUUUGUAUAUUGAAAAAUGUGAUAUUGUUAAUACCUACAUAAAUAAUAAUUGUCGUGGUUAUUUAUAUUAAACUGUUUCGGAAUUCAUGUUAACUGUUAUAUUUCGCUUCAUUUGUUCGUAUCGGGACGAUAUCUGUAAUAUUAUAACUAUGUAAUAUGCAUAAAAUAUAUUGGUGUUGACGGUACUAGAGAUAACCGUAAAGACACAGCCACACUGCAAGCUAAGCUGAAACUAUAAUGUUGUCGCUUCUAAUCUUGUGUUACAAAUUUCACUUGCAUCGUGAUUUUUUGAAGUAAAAACUUCUUUAGGUUCGUUGCACGCUUUUAGUACAAAACUUGCAUGACCGUCAUUCCAAAGAAAUUAAAGUAAAGUAAAAACGACAAAAUCAAAAUUAAUUACCAAAUUGGUAAAUGAUCUUUUUAGUCGGUCGUGCAUCAUUCAAUUGAGGUUACGACCUCUGAGAUAUAUCUCAGAUUUUGUGGUCAACAAUAAUCGUUCGAAAGAAAUAUACCUACUUACGCUUCUCUUGUUAGUAUCGGUUGGGAAAACGGCUGAAUUUGAUAUAAAUAAAUUUUCGUGAAUAUAUUUUAUAUUUUCAAAUAAUUAACUGUUGUAGAAAAUUUUGUUGAUACGGUUUGUGUGAGUCGAUAGUUAUAACUGCAGUUUUAUAAUCUCGAUAAAGCUAAUAUCAAGUCAGACCAACAUUUUUGUAAAAUCUCUUUGUCAUCACACAUUUCACAGUCGAUAGUUAAAUCGGAACUAUUCAUUAUUCUUAUUUUAGUAACCAAUAUAUAGCAAAUAAUGUGAGAACUGUUGGGGUUACGGUUGAAAAUUGGUGAAAAUAAUGUUGCAAAUCCAAUUGAUUCGAUUUUACAAAUUAAUAUAUAUUUUUAAAUUUGUAAAAUAUUCAUAAUAUUCAUACUUUUUCAUGUAUCUAGUACUUUAUUUUAAAGGUUCAGUCAUCUUUUUUAGUAUUCUGAAUGAUUUUCUUUGGUGACAAUAAACUGGCAAAAUUGUUGGAAGGAAAAUUAUUUCGUACGGUUAAAGUUUGAAAUAAAGAUAACGCCCAGUUACCAUGCUGUAUUUUCAUAGCGAGGUUAGCUUAGCUUGCAGUGUUUCUUGUACUUAACAUCGGACCUGUACGACACUCUCGAGGAACAUGGCAAGUGCGUGGAAAUAUCAUAUUAUACUAAUGUAUCUUAAUUGGCAACUGACCUUCUAAUUUUUACAUCAGCUUUUUUUCCCAAUUGCGAUAUAUUAGUCUGAUAAAAAAUAAUUUACUUAAAACAGUCUAAAAAUAUACAAAUAUAAAUAAACUUUGCUAAUGUAUUUAUUUCCAAGAUUAUUUAAUUACUUCUGAAAUGUGACAUUUUAUUAACGCACUUACCGAUGUCGUUAAGGUGGUUUACUAAGAGCAUUAGUCUGUACUGUAAUAUUUAUAUAUAAUGAUUUUUUUUUUCAACUGUGAGUGUAAAUAUCCAAGCAUUAUGCCGCCUUCAUAAUAGCCGUAUUAAGGCUUUGAGUUGAAGUCAGUACCUCAAGUUUAAUGCAAUGCCCUUAAUGGAAUCCAGCAUUGUUAUUCAACAGGUGAAACGUCCUAGUGUCGAAAGAGUCGAAAAGAAUCUCGAGAGAAAAUGAAAAGCGGAAAUGACGUCACUAAAUCGGCUCCCCGCUUCCUCUCUUCCUGUUCUAUAAAAUAUAUAAAAUGUUUAAGAUAUUUAAUGUAAUGUUAGACAUUUUAUGCUCAAAUUGUUUUGUUAUAUAAUUAGUAUUAUUGUGAAUAUUAUGUUAUACAGUCCAUUUGAAAUGGUUAAGAUCACAGUGUUUUAUCACAAUAAAUAUAGUUCGGAUGUAUUUUGACAUCGCUCAGCGUGCGACAUAUUACCUCUAAUUGUAUACGAAAUUCAUAUUUUUAAUAAAAUGUAAUGGGACAAAUUUAAACAUAUUCGAUAAAUAGUAUUGUUCUUAGAUAUGUUUAUUUCUUAUUUGACUAGGUUUUUUGGAAUGUUUUAUAUUAUAAUGCAUUUCUGGUAGAAUUCUGAUGGUAUUGUGGUGUACUACAUCCCGGUAAUUGCUGGGAACAACCACAAAAUAGUAUUUAUUUAAAUAUUGGUUCGAUGGUGGACGUAACGUCUUUCCCUAGCCGUGGUCUCAUGGAAAGUUACAACACCUCUACUUGCGCCAGCAGGACCAGGACCUUCAGAUUAUGCUCGACUUAAAUGGAGAGUUCAGGAGUACUAAAUCAAAAUCAAAAUGUUAAUUGAACUCAUAACAUUAAUUAACAAUGGCUUAAGUUCCGUCAUACACUUAAUUUCAUAAUAAUAAAUAAUUAAUAUCACACAGGUAAAAUUAAAAUCAAACAAAUCAAAAAAAAUCAAAUAAUUAAAAUCACACAAAAACAAAUCACGUAUGAUAGUGCUGUUAACAUGUAAUUAUGUCCAUAAUCAUGAGUGUUUCGAUCAAUAUAAGCAAUGCUUUAAAAAUUAUUAUUUUUUUUUUUUCAUCAUUUUAACCUAAUAAUGAAAUCUCAAAUUUUUGUUCUGCCCUUUCUUCAACACACAAUAUGUCCUAAACAUUUUUCGACAUUUCUCGUGCUUGGCAGUGAAUAAAAACUCGUUUAUUUUGGAAUGGAACCGGAUGGACUCGGAUCAGCCAUUAUUAAAAUAAAAAAAAAAAUACUCGGGAUCGCAACUUCAGUAUUAACACGAUAGCACGGUAAGACUAAGAUAACUAACGAAUACGGCACAUCACUACACUGCAGGUGCGCGAGGUGAAGCGUGCGGACAGCGGGGGGAGAUGCACCCGCUCUUUACCUCAGGCCCCGACUGCAUUCAACUCGCGCGAUAUCAGGAAUAUUAGUCUUUAUACUAGAAGUAUGUCUAUAAUAUGACAUACCUAAUUUCAUGUUUUUCAAAUUUUUUUGUAACAUUUCUCCAUUGUGAUGAUAAAUAAACUUAAUAAGCAGAUGUAUCUUAUCUGUUUUAAGGAUGGGAGUGAUCACCAAAUCUUAAAAGAAUCUCAUUAAUAUUUAAAAUAAUAAUAAUAAUAAAACUAAAUUCCUCGAACGUGAUAAACCCGGAUGCAUUAAAAUUGAGACGUCAACUAGUAUUCUCGGGACUGUGAAUCAUAUUAAACAGAAAUAGAAAUUGCACAGCAAAUGAGAGAAGACAUCUUCACAGCGCUAAAGUACGUAAUUAGUGUGAUUGAUGAGGCCCACUAAUUAUAGCUAAGACAAUUGCUUUUGAACCGGUUUUUUCUAUUUUCACAACUUCAGUCUUAUUGUUACAGUACUUUCUAUUUUUGUCUCAUUGAAAUACCAAAAAUGUAUCAGUAUUUCAUUUUAUUUAAAUGUAUUUGUAUAUGUCCUUUAGUACAAAGCUGAUAACCAAGAUUUAAGCCACAAUUUUCCAUUUUCAAUCCUUAGUUAUCAUUUUUGUAAAUUUUCUGUAUUUGUCCCAUUUAAAUAACCAAAAAUUUCACAAUAACCUGAGCGAUGUUACAAAUACAUACAACAGCACAUCUCACUUCCACGGAACUUAGAUUUUCAUACUAUUAUUAUAGCAUUUAUCAUGGGUUACAUAUCUGUAGAUAGCAUGUGAUUUUUCUAGUUCAAAAUAAAUAAUAGUUUAUUAUAUUUUAAUAACUACUCGUCAUAAAGUUGGUGCGGUGCAACUGAUUGUUUGAAUUGUAUUUUAUUUUUGUCAUUUUUCUUACACAAUGUUAGAUUAAUUUAAGGGAUUUUAAACAUGAAGUUUUAUUAUUUCUAAACUGCUUUUUUAUUCAAGUUUAUUGAAUAUAACCCAGCUUAUGUAUUACUUUUCAAAUACUUCGAUGUAAAACUUACACAUAAAUUUCGAUCAUUUUGCGUGACAAAUGCAUAAAGAUUUUGUAUUAAACACUUAUGUUAUUUCUAUGAAUUAUAUUAUACCUGUAUUAAGUAAAUAUUUGUUUAUUUAAAUAUCCAUUUUUACUUUACAUUUCUUCUUUUAAAUUUUUAAACAACUUUUUUAGUAUCUCGUUUUUAAAUAUAUUUCUGGAUAGGUUUAUUAUUUACUUUGUGAUUUAUUUUGAAGUAUUUUUUUUAAAUUAUUGAAUGGCUUAUAACUUGAUUAAAUAUUAUAGGUCACUAACUGACUAUUGAUUCUGUUCAGCUGAAUAGCAUAUGGAGCUGGGUUAAUGUGGUACAAUUUCCAUUGGCACUUCAGUUAUUUAUAAAAUUUCAAAGCGCUUAAAUCGCUUCGAUGAUUGAUUAAUCACUUUAAUCUUUGUUUUUAUAAGGAUUCAAUGGAAUAGAACUAUAAUUUGUGGAAUUAUGAAAUAUUUACAGAAAUAGACCGUCACAUUUACGAAAAUUACCUACAGCUUUCGAUCAAAGUUGCGGUUACCGAAAUGGAUUUUAAUUUGUCAUAAUUCAUAAUAAAUUGAUUAUCUUUCAUCGUAGUUUGAUGUAUUAAUUUGAAUCAAAGUACGCACAUUGCGAUAUGUUAUUGACGUUAAAGUUUUAUCCACAUCAAAUUUAUGUCUAUUUUAUACUUCCAAUGCCCAAAUACAUUCGUAAAAAUUUAUAAUUCUAAUAUAUUCCAUAUUACAUGGUAAAAUAUAAAUAUUUACAUAAAAUAUAAUUGUACAUUAAUAAGUUAAAUAAAUAUCCAAUAACAUAAUAUAGAUAUUUAAUAUUUACAUAAAGAUUAUCUAAUAGAAGUGAUGAUAUAAAACACCAAAUACAGCAAUAAUAUUCGUACAUAAUAACGCUUAAUAUUAAUAAGUAAAUAUAUUAUAUUAUAUCACCUAUGUAUUUAAUAUUAAUAUAUAUUAAUAUAAAAUGUUUUUUUUUUGGUGUUGGGUUGAAGUUGAUGUUGUCUUUUAGGGUGAGGUUUUAAUGAUCUUUGUCUUCUUAUGCCACAUACGAAAAAUUGUAAUGAAUUUGCAUAUACUUCUAGUUAUUGUGUGGAGAUGCAUUCCUUGAGAAUGUGGUGAGAUUUCAUCCUUUGUGACUGAAUCUACAUUUGGGAGACUCGCCUAUCGUAUGAAGGUGUUAAAUAAGCUUCUUGUACAUGCUACGAAAACCGCACCGACGCUUAAUCGCAUUAUUAUAACGAAUAUCUCCCCGCAUCAUCAUUAUUAAUAACGAGUUAAUUAGUACACGAUCUGUGUUCAGUAAAGCAUUCCUAGAGAAACUGAAAUGUUACUAUUAAUAAAUAACUCAUAACUAUUCUAUUUCAAUAUUUAUUUCUUAUGAAAUGGUAUAAUUUGGACCAUCCUAAACUGAGGCUGGUUUGCAUAAACUAACUUUAGCAAUAACAAACAUAUUAAAGUACCGGUUAAGCAAAAAAUGUGUUCCACUAUUUGACAAAUUUUAGAUGACGUUAUAACUUUAACUGUUAACCGUAACCAUCCUACCUUCGCCGAUAAAAGCUAAAGUUAAUGUUUAAUAGCUAAAUAGCGACCUGUUAGAAGAUUAAAAAUAAAUAUUCGAUAUUGAUAUAUUAUUUUUAACUUUUGCCUUAACGGUUCUGUGCGGCGAUGGUGUGAACCAUUCGCGAUAUUUAUUCGACGACUCACACAUGCGAUUCAGCGCCGGUGCGACUCUAGCUUCGUGUACAAGAAGCCUGAGGGAGAACCACUAGAUAUUUUUCUGCUUAUUCUUCCAUUAGUUGCUGCUUGAUAAAUUAUUGAAGUAAAAACUUCUCUAGCGGCGUUGAGCACUUUUCUUGGGAUGAGUAUAAAAUAUUAACUCGCGACAGGACACGUGGCCUGAUCGAAAAUCCGUAAGACAGUCGUUGAAAUAAUGGAUGAACAAUUUAUACUUCUAACUAAUUAUAAUUCGGUUAUUUCAACUAAAUGGUCAUAUGAUCAUUGGACCAGUGGUUGAAUCAUUGUGAUUGCGAAGCCGAAACACCGCGAGGUUUUGUUUAAUUUUUUUUUUUUGUUUCUUACUUAGCUACCACAAACCUAUUAAGUUUAGAGAUUGGUGAUGAUGAUGCUGGUAAUGAAGAGUCUUUGAAAUUAUGGAUGAAAGUUGAUUUUUAUGAGUGAUAAACUUUUUAAUAUAAAAUAAUUAUAAUAGUUCUGAAGUGUUAAUUUUUUUAUGUAAUAUAAAUUGUAAUUUUUGUACUAUAGCGCAAUAAAUUAAUAUUGUAUUUAAGCACAUAAAUGCUAGUACUAGUAUUCUGAUAAAUAAAGCAAUUCGUGUGCGAUAUUCUUCUCUAACCAUUCCAAAAUAUUCAAAAAUGCACAACGUUAAUGUUCAAGUUUUUACUUCUACCGGCACUCCCGUAGUGCAUCCCAUAUUUUUUUAUAACAUAAACGACUGUGCUACUGAAAAUAAGCACUUCAUAAUCGACCUAAAAACCUUUUGUAAUCUGAAUUUAUAAAUAAUUAUAAUUUGGUGUGGACAAAUCUUUCGAUAAUUCAUACGUAUCAAUAGGUAUUGACAAUACUUGGUAUUUUAGUGUAAAUUGUGGUGUUCCAAGCAUCAUUCAUUGUAAGUCGGUUACGCUCCAAUUCUAGUAUUAAAAUAUCACUAACAUUGCAUAUAUCUUUGUAUAAAUGCAUUUAUGUAUAUGUUACAUGUUUAAACACAUUAUUGAAUUUAGAAUUUUUAUGAAAAAAAAAGUAAAUAUCCGUAUUUCAAAUAUAA